AACUGAAACCCGGUGGCAGUUGACAUAAAAUAGCCUAUUAUAUGAAAAGAUACAAGUCUGGUUGCCACGAAUACUGAAGAGUUGGCGAGUUACUUUGGCAAAGGAAGUCCGUUCUAGUUUAUUUACUGUUAAACUAAAUGUAUUUUUACAAAUACACUGCGUUCGUGGCAAGCGGAUAAGCAAGAUUAUAAAGAAGACCAUUUAAUCGCGAUAUGAAAAUUUCACUUGAUGAAAAAACGGAUUUAAAGUCAGCAAUGCAGAAAUCUGCGUCUCAAUCAAGCAUGGGAUAUAAGAAAGCAUACAUGGCAAAGCCAAGUGUCUUGCAACAGAUGUACUUAUUUAUAAAGUGGAAAACGGGAAUUUUUGUCAUGAUAUCGCUCAUUCUUAUUGUAUGCUUUAUGAAACUCUUCUUGUUUUCCUACACAACUCAACCUAUCUUGUUAAACCCUGGGACUUCUCAUAAAUUCUAUGGAAUAAUGAUUGAUGCGGGUAGUACUGGAUCAAGGGUACAUGUUUAUGAAUUUGAAAAACUGUCAGGUUCCAGCACGCCUGUUCUGCUGGAUGAAUUAUUUGAGCAGACCAAACCUGGUUUAUCUUCAUAUGCUGAGGAUCCAAAAGCAGGAGCUGCAAGUAUAGAAAAGUUGCUUGUUAUUGCUAAGAACAGGAUACCUCAAAAUGCGUGGAGCAGUACACCCCUUGCCCUGAAAGCCACAGCAGGUUUACGAAUGCUUCCAACAGAACAAGCAGAGAAUUUGUUAAACGAAGUGAGAGUACUGUUUAAUCGGUUUCCAUUUGUUCUUCCUAAAAAUCCAGUAAUGAUUAUGGAUGGAGCAGAUGAAGGCAUAUAUGGAUGGAUAACAGUUAACUAUCUGCUUGACACUUUGGGUGGAUCUGGUGGACAAUUUACUGAAGGGGCCAUCGACUUGGGAGGUGGUUCUAUGCAAAUUACAUUUGCUCCUCACCACAAGUCAACAGCAGAUAUUGCGCAAACGUCUGACUUGAAAGAUGUUUCAGUUUUUGGAAAUAAAAUGAAGAUAUUUGUUCAUAGUUACCUUGGCAUUGGUCUUAUGUCAGCAAGGGAAGCCGCCAUGAAUGGCCCAAAACCACAAGAACUUGUUACUGUUACCACUGCGUGUAUGCCACAGUCAUUCAAACAUUCUUGGAAAAAUGGACCAACUGAGUACUCAAUAUCAGGGGCGACCGGGAUUGACAACACUCGUUAUGAACUGUGUAGAAAAUCCGCACGAAAUGCAGUAAAAGGGAAAAUGCAAAACGCUGAGGUGUUGGCAGAGAUCAGGCAUCAACCAUUCUAUGUAUUUUCCUAUUUCUUUGAUCGAGCGGCUCAAAUGAAAAUAAUUGAUGAGCACAAAGGUGGAGAAAUGACGGUCCAAUCUUUCAUCGAUGCAGCAACAAAAACUUGUAAAGAUGACGCAUUUAACUCUGAAGAACCUUUCCUUUGCAUGGAUUUAUGCUUACUGGCUUCAUUUCUUGAAGAUGGUUUUGGAUUUGCAUCAGACACCAAACUCACUUCGAAGAAAACAAUUGGGGGAAAAGAAACUUCUUGGACGCUGGGUGCCACGUUCUAUUUAAUUGAUGAAACAAGUUGAAAAUGUUACUUUAUUUACUCAGGAAUAUUAUGAAAAUGUUCUCAGUAGUCAGUACUAGGAUGAUAUAUUUAAGAAGUCUUCAUUUUUGGUUUGUUUUACGAAUGAGGAUGAAAUUUUAAGUGUUUUAACGACAUUUAAGGUAGUCGUAAUUUAUAGUGUUCAUACCAACAAUUAUGCCGCUUGUAUGCUUUGCACUUUCUCAAUUAUUAGCAGUCUAGUGCCUAUGUUAACCUAAAUGUGGUAUUCGUAGACAGAUGCCCGAUGUAUUAAGUUUUUGCAAGACUGUUUAAUGCUUUAUAAUCAAAACUUUAAAAUGAUCCAUGCUCACUGCAGGGCCAAGGGUGCUAUAAUGCCAACAACGAUCGUUCAAAUCAACUUCCCGUCCAACUAAAGUUACACAAGCCGUACAGAUUUUUACAACUUCUUAACAUAUAGUUUUCUAUACUGUCUCUUGUUUAACUUAUUCGAGAUAAACAUAAACAAAAUUUUCUUUUAUGUUUUUA